UUGUGUUAUCGGGGGAGCCGAUAUAGCUCUUCAAAUGUGUUGAACGUCGACAGAACUUAUUUAUGGUCAGUUGACAAGGUUUUGUGAGCGACGAGAUCUCGGGAAGGAGAUCAUGGAAUACAUGAACGAUAAAUUCGCAUUGAAAAGUCAAGCGAUUAAGGGCAGCGACUACUACAUGGGCUCUGGCGGCGCGCUGGACCAAGUUAUGGAGAGUUUGGACAGUGUGCAGUACUACAGCAAGACCUCGCCCAAGUGUGUGCAGGCCUUCGGGAUACAGAGCAGCGAGCACCACUCGCGAAUGGAGCGGUCCUCGCCUUGCGGAGACCAACACGCGAAUUAUGGUGUCCAGAAAACGGAAGAUACCUUGCACGCGGACCUUGGAAGGUCGAUCGACAACUGUUGCAAUCUGAGGGCCUCGCCGGUAACGGCGUGUCAGGAGAAAACGGAUUUGGACGAAAUGGGUGACAAGUGUGACAGUAACGUAUCGAGCAGUAAGAAGAGGCGACACAGGACGACAUUCACGAGCGCACAGCUGGAGGAGUUGGAGAAGGUGUUUCAGAAAACUCAUUACCCAGAUGUUUAUGUGAGAGAACAACUGGCGAUGAGGACGGAACUAACCGAGGCCAGAGUGCAGGUGUGGUUUCAAAACAGAAGAGCCAAGUGGAGAAAAAGAGAACGUUAUGGACAGAUUCAACAGGCAAAAAGUCACUUUGCAGCCACAUACGACAUAUCAGUGAUGCCAAGAACAGACAGUUACUCACAGAUCUCCAACAACCUGUGGCCCAGCCCUGCUCCCAGUGGCUCUGUGGUCUCAUCCUGCAUGCUCCCCCGUGGAUCUCCCCCAUGUGUCACCUCGUAUUCUCACUCCCCUCGCUCCGCGGCCGACCACGGGUACGUGGGCUUCCCCAACCAGCAGAACCAGUUUGGACACGUCUCCCUCAACAACUUCUUCACUGCCGACUCCCUCCUCACGCCCUCACCCAACGGACACCCAUUCGAGACCAAGCCCGAGUUUGAGAGACGCUCGUCCAGCAUUGCUGUGCUGCGGAUGAAGGCUAAGGAACAUGCGGCCAACAUAUCCUGGGCCAUGUGAUUGCGAAUGUCUGUUCUGCAUGUCUAGCCAGCUGACUGACUCACAGCCUCUCUAACUUUAGCAUUACUACUGCGCAUGUUUAUAACCCCCAAUGUUGACUGACAGAAA